CUGCAGUUCACCUGUGCAUCCACCUGCUGACGGCGGGAACCGGCGGCGGAUAGAAACGGACAGACUGUCAGUGAGAAAUGAGAUGAGGUUUUACUCCGUGAGAUUUGGAUGUCUGCUGGUUUUCGCGUGUUUAGUGUCUGUUACCUGGAUUAAAUCGAUUCCCCGUGAUGGAGUGUCUGCAGGCUCAACAAGGCUGUCGGACCUGCAGGUCCUGUAUGAUCGUCUGUUGGUGGCAGAGGAGUUGGGGGGACAGGUCAGCAGGGAUCUCAGUAACAUACUGGAGCAACUGAGGAACAUGUCCAAAUCUGCCAACAUCACUUACCCUACCAAUAACAGCAGCACCACCAUCUCCACUGAAACAAUUAGGCAGCUGGCAGGUGAUCCAGGCCAACGUGUGUUCCUCCAGCCCAACAUUUACCUCUACAUGCCCCACCUCAGGCAACAUCCAGACAGCCUCAUACCCAAUGUAGUCAUUGGACAGGGACGCCAUGGAGUGUCCAUGGUGCUGGGUAUUCCUACAGUAAAACGUGAUAAGCAGAACUACCUGGUUGGCACACUCAGCUCUCUGCUCUACAGCCUGACUUCCUCACAACGCCAAGAUCUCCUCAUCAUUGUCUUUGUUGCUGAGGUGGACUCAGACUAUGUGGGCAGUAUAGCACAGACCGUCAGAAAGAAUUUUCCCAAGGAGGUGCAGUCAGGGUUACUAGAGGUCAUCUCUCCUUCACAGUAUUACUACCCUGACUUCACCAGCCUCAGAGAGACUUUUGGAGACUCCAAGGACAGAGUCAAAUGGCGAACUAAGCAGAAUCUGGAUUUCAGCUUCCUCAUGCUGUAUGCUCAGGACAAAGGAACCUACUAUGUUCAGUUAGAGGAUGAUGUUGUAGCAAAGGCAGGCUACUACAAUGACAUGAAGACCUUUGCCACCCAGGAAUCUUCAAAGCCAUGGCUCUACCUGGAGUUCUCCCAGCUUGGAUUUAUAGGCAAGAUGUUUCGGACUCGUGACCUCCCAAUGAUUGCUGAGUUUUUCCUGAUGUUCCAUCGAGACAAACCCAUCGACUGGCUGUUAGAUCACAUCCUGUGGGUGAAAGUUUGCAACCCAGAGAAAGAUGCGAAACACUGUAAUGAACAGAAAGCAUUACUCAAGCAGAGGUACAAGCCCUCCCUCUUCCAGCAUGUGGGCCUCCAUUCUUCUCUACCUGGGAAACUACAGCAUCUGAAGGACAAGGACUUUGGGAAACAGACUUUGUAUCAUGGCCAUAAUAACCCAGCUGCAGAGCUGAGCAGCAGCCUCAAACACUACCAGCAGCACAGUCUGGAGAGGGCCUACAAAGGAGAGGACUUUUUCUGGGCAUUAACACCUGUCCGGGGUGACUACAUCCUCCUCAGCUUCCCCCAGCCAGUCCACAUAUCUGGGUACUUGUUUCGCAGUGGAAAUAUUGAGACCAUUGGUGAUAAAUUCUACAACACCACAGUGGAAGUGCUGCCCAGCAAUGCAUCAACACGAGACAAACAAGUCACUGGUUUGUCUUCUCACCACAAAGCGUCGGAUAAGGGCUUCAUCAUUAUCGGUGCGUUUGAGAAUGGAGUAGCUGAGGGUGAGAUUGAGGAGGCGCUGCAGCCGAUCUCAGCACUUCGCCUGGUGGUUCAUUCUGACGCUGACGUCUGGGCUCUACUCAGUGAGGUACUCAUUAAAGUUUGAUGACCACAGAAAAGAGGAAACUCCACACAUGCUGCCAUUGAGCCCAGAGCUUCACCUGAGCUAAUGUCAUCCUGCUGGACAAAGACUGUCACUACAGGAACUGUUUUUACAAGGCCUCAAGUGCCUAAACCAACUGUGGUCUGUGGGGAAGGAGGAUCUAUGUUUAGUGUUUGUUUUGAGCUGGACUGAGGUCCCUUACUUUCACUUCAAACAUUAAUAUUAAAUAUGUUGAGUAUUUGGAAGGGACUCCACUUCCCUUGUGAACUGAGUGAAUUGGCCAGUGUGGCUGUUUACAGACACUUAUCAAGAGUUGGUAGGUAAAACAGCUGAGGUGCUGAGUGAAUAAUUAUGUAAUAAUUAUAUUUUUCUGUCAGAAACAAAGAAAAUCUCUCAACACCA